UGCUGAACCACUACAAAGUCACUUUCAUCUUUACUUUUAUUUAAGUUAAAGGACUUGCGAAUUGUUUUGAGACUAAUUUUCUUCAUUAUGACAAGUUACCAAGUCUGGCUGAUCAGCAGUGCUCGUGGUGAUAUAGCCCUAACACAUGCAGAGCAGCUUCUGCUUCAUUUACGUGUUUUAUCCAGCCUCAUUUAACUUCAAGAGCCAUUUCCCAACAGAGGCCGCGGUGCCCCGCUCCCGGCGCGGGCCUCUCCUUUCCCGGGCACCUCGACGGCGCGGCCCGGCCUGCGCCGGCAUCCGGGCUGGGCGGCUAGCAGCCUCCCAGGCGACGGAGCGGGACUCACCGAGCCGGAGGAGGAGGAGGAGGAGGAGGAGCUGGCGCUGCUGUUGCUCCGGCGGGGCCCGGCCCGGCUCCGGCUCCCUCCCUCCCUCACCGUGCCGCCGCCGCCUCCCUGUUCCUGGCGCCGCCGCCGCUUCCUCCGCCUCCUCUGCCCCCACCCCUCCGUCCUCCGAGGGGCGCACGGGGGCGGCGAGCCCGCGAUGGCCGCAGCCUGCCGCAGGCCGCGUUCAGCCCGGCGGCGGGGGCGGCGGGGCCCGGGCCGCCCGCCCGAGUCCUGCCGAGUCCUGCCUCCGCCUCCCCGCUUGUCCCUGCCGGGGCGGCCGGGCCCCUUCUUCCCUUCCUUUCCCUUCCCUUCGUUCCUUUCCCCGCCCCUGGGCUCCGCCGCUCCGCGCCGCGGGGCUCGGGCAGGCCGCGGAGAGCCUGCGGGGGGCGGCCGGCGCCUGCUCGGGGCCUUCCCUAGCGCCCGGCCCCUUUUCUCCCCCGGCUGCUGAAGGCUCUCCUUGCCUGUGGAACCUCAUAAAUAAAGUGCACAGCGAGCUACUUCAUUUAUUUCCUCUCUGUGUGUCUCUUUCUUUCCCCAGUUUUUGGGCGACUCCGCUCGUGCUGAACCCCCUGAGGAGCUCCCCACACACACCCCCACAGGCUGACCCCUCCGAUGUCUCCGUGCCCUCUUCGCCUCCCUCGGCCUGAGAGCGAUGUGCGAGAAGAGGCAUUUUCACGCUGAACUUUGCUUCACGGAUUGCCCAGAGUGCCGCUAAACUCCAGCCACAUCAGCUGUGCCACAGAAACUUCAGCCAAGCAGGCUGCUUGCUUGCUUGCCGGUCCCUUUUCGAAAA